ACCGCGCCUUCAUUCCGGUCCCAUAAGCCACUACCGGUUAAGGGCGGGAGCGCCGAGGAAGCGGGCGGUCGCGCAGUUGCACAGAUUUUGCUCCAUCUUCUCAUACGGGGAUGCAGGUGGAGCGGCUUGACUCACAGCCGUCGUCUGCACGCAAGGGGGAGUGGAAGGCAGGCAGCGCAUUUCGCAUCCGUGGACCGUAUCGACAAUAAACGAACCAUUUUUAUUCUAGUGCGGCGUGGAUAUCUAAGAAGAAACAAAACAAAACAAACAAACAAAAAAAAACGCGCUCACUUUUCCGGGGUUCAAACGCGGAACGGCGAGCAGAGUCCUGGGGAAUAGACAAUUUGGGAAUGGCAACUGUCCCUGUUUGGCUGGCUCUUUGAUCAGUGGAACGCUGCUUGUCUCUUGAAACGACUGGAAAUCAUGCAUUUGACCCAUCACCAAUUCCACACAAACCAGUACAGAAUAAAAAGCUAACCAGUCAUCGAUCCUUUAACAUGUGGAAUCCAGCAGGUUAUUAAAUCAGUCUUGGAUUUCGAACAACUUGUGGUGUGUGUGCUUUUCGGAGUAAACGCUCCCAUGUAUACCUCCACGGGAAUACUCUGAGGUGAACCGGUAUGGAAAAUCAAGUCAAAAGAAAAUGUUAAAUACUACGGGGUUUUAGCAUUGGGGCCUUCCUAUUUCCACAGCACCAUUUUCGAGAAAGCCAGAUACAUUAAGACGCUACACUGGGAAUAAAUCUCUCCUCUGCAGUGGAUUAAGAGGAACGGAAUAUAAGAAAAACGGGAUUAGGAGCACGCGAGGAAGAUGAUGACGAGGGCGCGGAGGUGUAGCGGGAGGUGUCUGUGGGUGCCGGCGGUGCUGCUGCUGGGGCUACUGGCUGCCUCGCCGUGGGCGGCGGCGCUGGAGUUCGACGGCCUGCCGGGCCAGUGGGUGCGCCAUGGGCGCUGGGAGGCAGGAGGCGUCGGCGAGCUGAGCUUCAUCAUGAAGACCAACAUCAGCAAGGCCGUGGUGCUCUACCUGGACGACGGUGGCAACUGCGACUUCCUGGAGCUGCUGAUCAGUGACAGGCGCCUGCUGCUACGCUUUGCCAUCCACUGCGGCGAGCCGGCCUCCCUGCACCUGGAGACGUGCGCCAGCGACGAGCGCUGGCACCGCGUGCAGCUCACACGCGACUACCGCCGAACGGCGCUGGCCAUGGACGGAGAGUCCAAGGCCGCCGAGGUCAAGUCCAAGCGAAGGGAGAUGGUGGUCGCCAGCGACCUGUUUGUGGGGGGGAUCCCGCCCGACGUCCGCCUGUCCGCGCUGACCUCCAGCACCGUGAAGUACGAGCCGCCCUUCCUGGGCCUGAUUGCCAACCUGAAGCUGGGUGAGGCUCCUCCCGUUCUCCUGGAUGCCCAGGGGGUGAAAAAUGACAUGGAGUAUCUGUGCACCAAGCAGAGCCCCUGCAGCAAUGGAGGAUACUGCUCCAUCCAUCAGGACGAGGUCCUGUGUGACUGCACCAACACCGGCUACAAGGGAAAGUACUGCACAGAAGCUAUCCAGCAAGUGUUGGAAGGUCUGGCGCACCUGACGUUAAAGAGCCAAGCUCGAGGACCCGCUCCACUGAUGACCACUGCCGCUGCAGGUGGUCCUGAAUCAGGGCGGGCCGAUUCCGUGGCCACGUUCAAGGGCAGCGAGUUCUUCAGCUACGACCUGUCGCAGACGCCCAUCCAGAGCAGCAUGGACGAGAUCACGCUGUCCUUCCGCACCCUGCAGCGCAAUGGGCUGCUGCUGCACACGGGCAAGUCGGCCGACUACGUCAACCUGUCGCUGAGGAGCGGCGCCGUGUGUCUCGUCAUCAACCUGGGCUCGGGCGCCUUCGAGGCCCUGGUCGAGCCCUCCGACGGCAAGUUCAACGACAACGCCUGGCACGCCGUGCGCGUCUCCCGCAACCUGCGGCAGCACGCAGGGGUUGGACUCCCUACGGUCACCAUAUCUGUGGAUGGUCUGCUGACCACCACGGGAUACACACAAGAGGACUACACCAUGCUGGGCUCCGAUGAUUUCUUCUACGUGGGAGGCAGUCCGAACACGGCUGACCUGCCCGGCUCCCCGGUCAGCAAUAACUUCAUGGGAUGCCUGAAAAAUGUGGUCUACACCAACAACGAAUUCAGGCUGGAGCUCUCCCGAUUGGCUGAGUCACGCAACCCCAAAGUCGACCUGCACGGCGACCUGUCCUUCGGCUGUGAGGACGUGGCCGCCCUCGACCCGGUCAGCUUCGAUGCGCCGGGUGCCUACGUCACCCUGUCCCGUUGGAGCUCCAAGAAGACGGGCUCCGUCUCCUUUGACUUCCGCACCACGGAGCCCAGCGGCCUGCUGCUCUAUGGCCACGGGCGCCUGCAGGGCCCGCCGGAGCGCCGGCCGCGCGUUGACUUCUUCGCCAUGGAGCUGCUGGACGGCUUCCUCUUCCUGCUCGUGGACAUGGGCUCGGGCAGCAUCAAGAUGAAGGCCAGCAGCAAGAGGGUGAACGACGGCGAAUGGUGUCACGUAGACUUCCAGAGGGAGGGACGCAAAGGCUCCGUCUCGGUGAACGGCCGAAGCACGCCGUUCUACACCAAUGAGGGCAGCGAGAUCCUGGACCUGGACGGAGACAUGUACCUGGGUGGCCUGCCCGACGACAACCGGGACCUGCCGCUGCCCCCCGAGGUGUGGACGGCACCCCUACACCUGGGCUUCGUGGGCUGCGUGCGGGACCUGUUCGUGGACGGCCGCAGCCGGGACCUGCGGCGCCUGGCUGAGCUGCAGGGCGCCGCCGGAGUCAGCGGCUUCUGUACGCGCGAGACGCACCGGCGCUGCACCACCGAGCCUUGCGCCCACGGCGGCCUGUGCCAGGAGGGCUGGAACAGGCACGUGUGCGACUGCACCGGCACCGGCUACCACGGCCCCGGCUGCGAGACCGAGUCGACGGUGCUGAGCUAUGACGGCAGCAUGUUUCUGAAGGUGCUCAUGCCCCGGGUCGUGCACACAGAGGCCGAGGACGUGUCCCUGCGCUUCAUGUCCCAGCGAGCCUACGGGCUGCUCGUGGCCACCACCUCCUCAGAGUCUGCCGACACCCUGCGCCUGGAGCUGGACGGAGGAAGAGUCAGACUCACCGUCAACCUAGAUUGUAUCGGGAUAGACUGUCACCUUAGUAAAGGACCAGAGACUCUGUAUGCAGGGCACAAGCUGAAUGACAAUGAAUGGCACUCUGUGAAGGUGGUGCGCCGUGGGAAGAGCCUGCAGCUUUCUGUUGACAACGUGACCGUGGAGGGCCAGAUGAGCGGAGCGCACACGCAGCUGGAGUUCCACCACAUCGAGACGGGCAUCAUGACGGAGCGGCGUUUCAUCUCCGUCAUGCCCUCCAAUUUCAUCGGGCACCUGCAGGACCUGGCGUUCAACGGCGUACACUACCUGGACCAGUGCAGGAACGGUGACAUCUCCUACUGCGAGCUGAACGCCCGCUUCGGCCUGCGCCGCAUCGUGGCCGACCCGGUGAGCUUCCACAGCCGGGCCGGCUACGUGGCGCUCUCCACCCUGCAGGCCUACGCCUCCAUGCACCUCUUCUUCCAGUUCAAGACCACCAGCCCCGACGGCCUCCUGCUCUUCAACUCCGGGGACGGCAGCGACUUCAUCGUGGUGGAGCUGGUCAAAGGGUACAUCCAUUACGUCUUUGACUUGGGCAAUGGGCCAUCGCUAAUGAAGGGCAACUCCGACAAGCCGCUCAACGACAACCAGUGGCACAACGUAGUGGUGUCCCGCGAUGACAGCAACGUGCACAUGCUCAAGAUCGACUCGCGCACCGUCACGCAGCACUCCAAUGGAGCUCGCAACCUGGACCUAAAAGGAGAGCUGUACAUUGGCGGUGUGGGGAAGAACAUGUACAACAGCCUGCCUAAACUGAUAGCGUCUCGGGACGGCUACCAGGGCUGCCUGGCCUCCUUAGACCUGAACGGCAGGCUGCCAGACCUGAUCGCCGAUGCCCUGCACAAGGUGGGCCAGGUGGAGAGAGGAUGCGAUGCCGGACCUGGCACCACCUGCACGGAGGACUCCUGCUCCAACCAGGGCGUGUGUCUCCAGCAGUGGGAGGGCUUCACCUGCGACUGUACCAUGACCACCUACAGUGGGCCUCUCUGCAGUGACCCCGGGACCACAUAUAUCUUCGGGAGAGGAGGCGCCCUCAUCACCUACACUUGGGCCCCUAACGAGCGGCCGAGCACCCGGGCCGACAGGCUGGCCGUGGGCUUCAGCACCCAGCUAAGAGACGCCAUCCUUGUACAGGUGGAGAGUACACAGGGCCUGGGAGACUACCUGCAGCUACACAUAGAGCAAGGGAAGAUCGGGGUGAUAUUUAACGUGGGCACGGAUGACAUCGCUAUAGACGAGCCCGCGGUGGUGGUGAGCGACGGCAAGUACCACGUGGUGCGCUUCACACGCAGCGGUGGCAAUGCCACCCUCCAGGUGGACAACCAGCCAGUCAUUGAGCGCUACCCAUCAGGGAACUUUGAUAAUGAACGGCUGGCUAUAGCCAGGCAAAGAAUCCCAUACAGACUUGGUCGGGUAGUUGACGAGUGGCUACUCGACAAAGGGCGACAGCUGACCAUCUUCAACAGCCAGGCGGCCAUCAAGAUCGGUGGCCAGGACAAAGGCAGGCCCUUCCAGGGCCAGAUCUCUGGCCUGUACUACAAUGGGCUGCAGGUGCUGAAGCUGGCCGCAGAGGGCGACCCCAACGUGAGGGUGGAGGGCAACCUGCGUCUGGUGGGCGACGCGCCCUCCGUCCUGUCCACGGAGACGACCUCUGCCACGCCUCCGGCUGCUGCCGACAUGUCCACCACCAUCAUGGAGACCACCACCACCAUGGCCACGACGACCACACGCAGACAGCGCUCCCCCAGCCUAAAGGACAGCAUCACGCAGAACUCCGACGACCUGUUGGUGGCAUCAGCAGAGUGCCCCAGUGACGACGAGGACCUGGAGGAGUGUGAACCUGGCACUGGAGGUGAAUUAGUGUUGCCCAUAAUUACCGUGGACACCCAAGAUCCUCAGCUUGUGGCCACCCAUUUCCCUGCGAUCCCCCCUCCCCCAACCUCCCUCAGCCCCCUCCAGACCACCAAAGAGUCCCUCACCCUGUCUGACCCCCGACCGCCAUGCCCCCCAGACCAGGAAGACUGUGGCGACCCCAUGGAGGUGUCUGCCUUUGGCUCAGGGGAAAUGACUGAGUCAGAUGACGAGGAUUUCUAUAAAAACUCCCCAAUGGUCACUGACAGGACAGUCCUGCCUCCCCCCCCUGCCGUGGGCAAAAGUGGGGGCCUGAACCCCAGUGGCCGUCGCCCCCCUGCCCCUCCCGCCCCUACCACCCACCCCGACCAGCUCCACAUCCCCGCAGGUAAAAUGAACACCCGCGACCAGGUGCUGCUUCCCCCCGCUCCGUCCUCCCGCCUCACCCCCGGACUAACCUACCCGCCCGAUUUCCCCCAUGUGCCCACAGCUCGCCCCACAGCUCCAGUUGAGAAGAGCCUCCCCGGCGCGGUGGAGGUGAUACGUGAGUCCAGCAGCACCACCGGCAUGGUGGUGGGCAUCGUAGCAGCCGCAGCUCUCUGCAUCCUCAUCCUCCUCUACGCCAUGUACAAAUACCGCAACCGCGACGAAGGCUCCUACCAGGUAGACCAGAGCCGCGGCUCUGGCACAGAGAGUAACGGGGCCGUGGUCAAGGAGAAGACGCCUGGCACCACUGCUGCUGUGGCCAAGACCGUCACUAAGGGGAAGAAAAAUAAAGACAAGGAGUAUUAUGUCUGAGGCAGGAGCGGGUUGACGGAAGGAAAAAGAAAGAUACAGAGAGAGAGGGGGAGAGAGCGAGAGAGCGAGAGAGCGAGAGAGCGAGAGAGUGAGAGAGAGAGAGAGAGAGAGAGAGAGAGAGAUAGUGAGCUGAGGAUUUUAUUACCUCUUUUUCAUCAUCAAUCAUUUAAGUCCCUCAUUCUUUUAUUGAAAUGUAACGUUUUUUUCUUAAUGGCUCAGUAAGGUGAGAAGUAAGGGGAAAUAGUGCUAAAGGAGUUAAAUGCCCAUAUCUUGGGUGUUUUACAAAGCCUUUUUAACCUCAUUUAAUCCAUUUUACCUCUCAAGGAAAUCUUUUAUUACGUUGCUAAAGGAUGACAUGCUAAUAGUUCUCUUUGCAAUUAAAAUUUCUGUUUCCAGAGUGCAGGCUUCCUAGAUGUUAAUGAGUCACUUGUGAAGAGAGGAAGAACGUGACCCGCCCCGCUGGUUUCACAGCAGUGGUCUCUAGUGCCAGCUACUUGGCAUUAUCUAUCAUGCUAAUUUUUUAAUACUUUGGCUUUUUUAAUAUACAAUCAAUCGAAUCCUAAAAUUUGAAUCAUGGAAAAAAAUAUAUUAGGCUUGAUGUUACAAUUCACACUGAACAGUAAAUAAUUGUGAAGUAUUGGGAAAGUGCGUGUUCUUGUGUCACUGCUUGAAUAUCGAGUUGAUUAAAUAUAUUUUCUCACAGAGUUAAUUAUGCUCGUAGUAAGAAAAAUGGGCCAACAGUAUUUAAACUCAACAUUUCCUUGAAAACACUGAUUAUUUUAUGGGGUAAUAGAAAUGUUUGGAAUAUGUACUGUGCAGUUUAACUUUUGGCAAGUUUUGGUCAAGUUGAAAAAUGGGAGUAGAGUAAAAUGCGAAGUAGUAGUAGCAUGUGGUUCUAUGAGAAAUCUAUAUGAUCUGUAUGAUUCAUAUAGCCCAUAAAGCAUUUUAUAUUUCAUUCUAAAGUCUGUACACCUUAUAGUCACUAGGCUACCAUGACAUUCCCUAUGUUUAAAGGUUAUAGCUUGAAUGUGAUUCUGUGAGGGUCAUAGGUACCGCAAAACCCCCGAAAGAGCUGUAGGAGGUGUGUGAAUGUUGGGUGCUCUCUCUCUCUCUCUCACUCUCCACGGUGCUAUGAUGUUCGUUAUCUAUUAGGCUACUCAUUGGUGUUCCAUGCAUGAUGUAUUCACAUUCAACUUUCAGAUCGGAGAGUUGUUUGAUAUGAAAUCAAUAGGUUGAUUUUCAUCCACUGGAGAACUUUCGCCCCAUUGCUGGAGGGAUUCAUAGCGCCAACUUGUCAUGGAAGAAAAGGGUCUUGAGUAAAGAAACCUAAGAAAGCUGGAGAUAUUCGCAUCAUUAAAAGACACUGUACUUAUGUAAAUUCAAAAAAUUUCUGUGGAAGUUGCUGACAGUACAUCAGGAUACAGGUUUGUGUGUAUGCGUGUGUGCGUGAGUGUUUGUCCCUGUUCAUCCUCAGGCAUGAGAAAGACACACACUAGACUUUGGGACUCUUUCUCUGCCCUUAUAUUCUCCAUGAUGUGAAACUACAAUGCAGCGCCUACUGAAUGAGACUGGGGAAAGUGCAUAAAAAUGGGGGCUUGAAGGAAAGCCGUUUUUGGAGAACUUUCCGAGCAUCUUUGUUGUGAGAAAGAGAACAUGUUCCACUCUGUAUAAAGAUGCUGGCUUCCCUCCUCUCUAGCCUUGAAGGAGAUUUUAAAAAAGAAAAAAAAAGUAAAGAAAAGAAAACGCAAACAACAACUCCAGAAAAGCAUUUCUGUAUAGAGCGCCGUAAACUUGAGUCCACAUUUUUAUAUAUAAAGAGGACACCUCCCAGAAAAGAAAAAGAUUAAAAAAAAAAAAUGCAGUGUAAUGUCUAGAUAUUUCUCAUAUUUGACAAUAUUACUUUCCCAAGAUGACAGUCCUUGUAAUCAGAGAAAGGUUUACUAAAUCCUUACUCUCAAAAGUGGUCAUCACAGCAAUUAUUUCAGUCACAUAAGGUGAUUUGAAAAUGUGAAAACAUAUUAAUUAAAAUGUUUGCAAAUCUUUAUUCAGUUUUCUUUAUAUUCCAAAAGGAAUAAGAAUUUAGCCAUAUGUCCCGGACUUUUUCAGUUAUUUUUAUUACAUUGUUUAAAAUUGUAUUUUUUCCCAAUAUGGUUGCCAUUUACAUAGGCUGAUCAGAGUAUAUUCCCGUUCUUACUUAAUGUUAAUGUAAAGUGUUCCUGUGAGAUGAAUUUAAAUAUGUGUACAUUGACAGAGGAAAAAAUACACUUGGUUAUAUACUUCUUAAAUUUC